AUGUGGGAUGUGAAUACUGAGGCAGUGGUUUAUAAUAAAAAAAGGUUCUUAUUUGACAGUAGCUGGGCUAAGAUGGAAGGAGUCACUCAAGCGGUUGAGAGAGGGUGGAAUAUUCAGAUGGAUGGCACACCUAUGUACCAGACUGGUAUUGAUGAGUAUAAUUGGGUUCCUGGCCUAAAUGGAGGUAAGCCUGCUCUAAAGGUCAAUAUUGAUCCUUCUCUGUUUACUGUGAAUCAUCUUCUAUGCAAUAGUGGUUUAAGCUGGGAUGAGAAUCUAGUCAGAAUUCUGUUCCAUGAUAGAGAUGCUACUGAAAUUUUGAAUAUUCGAGGUCUGGAUCCUAGGGGUGAAGAUUUAUGUUUAUGCAACUUCGCUGUGAAGGGGAAUUUUUCAGUGCAUGCUGCUUAUGUUUCUAUGCUUAAUGAGAAGAUU